AUGAGUCAUCUGAACUUUCAACCAGACCAAACUCCCGUUUACAAGAGAGUACAGUCAUGCCCACGUAUUACGAAGACAGCCGAGGCACAAACUGAGAGAAUUCUAACUUCGUCACACAGUCGAGAGGCUAUGAACAUUCAACAUGGCGGGGCUCGCCUACUAACAAAGGCCAUUGGAAAUGGAGCUGUAUCCAACAACACAAAAGUGAUGCUCGAUAAACCAUGCAAUAAAGGAGAGAACGUGCCGUCAACCAUCGGCCAAGACCUCGUUAUAACGAGGGAACAAGGCAACCCGAACAGCCAGGGCUCAAACGCGACGGAACCACCCAUCGCUCCUCACGAGACGCUAUCCAUCACCCGUCCUCUCCCACCGAAGAAGGAGUUCCACGCCGGGGGCCAUACGGGAGUCAACUCGGACGAGGUCCGCGGUCCCUCAGGUGCCCUACCACCGGCUGAGGAGGUUGAUGAUACGUUGGAUUCGUUGGCUCCACGUAAACCUUACCCGGAGAGGGACUAUGUUGGUGUGGUGGAUGAGAUACCGGCAACGACAAUGGAAAGUAAAGUCGUAGAUAGGGAGGAGGAGUUUCCCUUGAAUAAACUAUAUCCGAACGAGAAGAAGUCCGAGUUGUUUCUAGAUUCCGGAAUCUUCCCGUUCAUAGCCAUGGGUGUGCUGUCUUUACUCUUCAUCACUAUGAUGAUUGCAGCUCUGUACUUUGCCCGGAACUCCGCUGGAGGAACACACCACGCUCAACUGCUUGGGAUGAAACACGUGGAAAUGGGACAUCUUCAUCAGCGAAUGGCGCCACCACCGACGGGACCGGGCGCAUUUAACACAGUGACCUUCAGGAAUACAAAUGAUUCUGUUACGGGUGACUUUGCAGUCAAUAUGUUUGCAGUCCGGAACGACGAGCGAGAAGAAGCAGAGCGUAUGUCCUCUGACAUCUCCGACUUGACCAUGGUUCCUACUUUCGCUGCCAUUACGCCAAAAGUACAUGUAACCGCGGAUCAUCCGGCUCAAAGGGAGCUGGAGCACACGACUUCUGCUGUCCUGCAUAGAGAUCUCCCGGAUGUUGUGAGUUACCCACCUUCGCUGUGUAAUAGUUUUAUCAGUAAUCGGCACUCAACGGGGAGCAGUCUGUACAUGGAACUCAUGAACCUCAGUCGGAACACCCGGAUCCUUGAAGAGUUGGCCGCGAGAAAACAGACAUUACUGGUCCAGGAUCCGACCCAGCUGGAGCUUGACUGUGUGCUCCCGGAUUUGUCGGAUCACGACGGCGACUCGAGGCAGCGUGGUGGCCGGCUUCAGCUGUGCCGGCAGACUUCCUUGGAUUCUUCCCGGUGCCUUGACAGUCUUCCACUUCCCUGCAACUACGACUCGCACUAUUUCAAAUUGUACGAUGCAGACGAUGACGAUUCGUCGGCACGGUGGACCUCGGUCACGGCUAACACUACCCUGGAAAACAUCCACUCUUCCGGGGACGAGGGUACCUCCAGCACGCUCAACAGCAGCAACCUCCACCGGAAGGGUUCCGCUAAGAGGAACUCCAGGCAACUGGACGAGUCUCGCUUUCUCCUCCCCGUGCAAGAGCUCUUCAACGAGGCGAUGGUUGACGAUAACUUAGAUGGGGACGAGGUCCUGUACGAGACCAUCGAUGAGAUGGGGUACCGGAGGCGCACGGCGUCCUCACGCCUCAUGCGCAGCCUCAUGGCAGCAAGGGAGGAGGCGGGACAGUCUGGUAAAACUGUCGUGGUUGAAAAUGCAUGGGAGAACGCUGCUUAUAUGAAAUACGACCGGAUAGAACGAGGGGUUAAGUCGCUCAAGAAGCAAUCUGGCAAAGAUUAUAAUUCACUAGUUGUCCAACCGCCCUAAUCUGCUUUUCGAUUCUGUUAAUAGUAGACCAGCCAAACUUUUAAAAGUGCUCUAGAAAAUAAUCCAGGGCAUAGUUUGUUAUAAUGGCUGGCAUUCAUGCUAGAUGUAUGGAUCAUGGGCUCCUGAAGAUGAUUAGGAUGAAUGCCAAGCUUGAUUCUGAAUGUUAAGGUAAUUUUGAGGUCAAAAGGUCAAAUAAGGUCAAAAACCA